GUCGUAGGUCUGGAUGAGCUUGAGGGCGAGAUCGUCGGGGAACAGGGUUCCUCCAGGGAGUCCGGCGAUGCGGUCGUCCACCUCUUCUUUCGACGGCUUCCGCCCCAUGCGCGCCUGCAACGUCUUCGUGAAGCUCCGACGAAGCGGGCCCUCGAGCCCGGCCUUGAGCUCGGCGACGUCCACGGAUCCGUCCUUGUUCGAGUCAAAGGUGUUGAAGGAUCGUUGCGCGUUCUCUCGUCUCUCCCGCGCCUGCUUACCAACGCAACUUCUGACGGUCCCACUCCUGACUGCCCACUGAGACAGAGCGCAACUGCGUGUUGCACACACACAACCACCCACCUCCCGCCCCACCCUGACCACUCUCAUCCAUCACCACCAAUCACCCAGCCCAUAGCAGCGCCGUUGUCAACACAACAUCAACACAUCAACAGCAGCAGCAGCAGCCAUGGCACCGAUCACCGCUACCAUCGUUCCCCUAGUCACCCUCUUCGUGGGCUCCACCACCGCCUUCGUCACUCCAACCGGCCGUGGAGCCUCGUGGUCCCUCGCCAACCCUCAGCACGCCGUCAGGUCGUCCACGUCCGCCGUAGCGACUCGCCACAACGCUCGCCGCCGGUCGUCGGCAAGGCCGGCCACGUCCUCUCUCCGCAUGGUGAGCGAGGUCGCAGAGCAGAGAGCGGCCAAGCUCCGAGAAACCGCGGCCGCCUUCCGCGCGGAAGCUGCCGAGCUCGAGCAGAAGCAGGCGCGGGAGAGACGAGAGAACGCGCAACGAUCCUUCAACACCUUUGACUCGAACAAGGACGGAUCCGUGGACGUCGCCGAGCUCAAGGCCGGGCUCGAGGGCCCGCUUCGUCGGAGCUUCACGAAGACGUUGCAGGCGCGCAUGGGGCGGAAGCCGUCGAAAGAAGAGGUGGACGACCGCAUCGCCGGACUCCCUGGAGGAACCCUGUUCCCCGACGAUCUCGCCCUCAAGCUCAUCCAGACCUACGACCAGAACGGGGACGGGCUGCUGCAGCAGUCGGAGUUCGCCCCCACGGAGGAGCUCAGGACGAGGCUCGAGAACCUCUUCAGCCAGCAGCGGGAGGAGGAGCGCGUGGCGCGUAUGGAGGAGCGCCAGCGCCAGAUGGACGACAGGAUGAGGCCGGACGCGGGGGCGGUGGUUGUGUCUCCCGGUGACGUCAACGACGGCCCGGCCACUACCGCCGACAAGGCGCUGUCCGCGCUGCCGUACGUGCUUCCUCUGGCGGACGGCGUGGUGUUCGCCGCCCACCUGUUCGGCGCGUUCCCGGAGCAGACGGCGUGGGCGCAGCCGCUGGCCGCCGUGCUGCUGGCGCUGCGGUCCGUUCCGUUCGCGACGCUGAUCGGGUUCUUCAGUCUGUCCAUCGGGUCCAGCAACCCGCAGAUCAACAAGCUCGUGAGGUUCAACAUGCAGCAGGCCAUCAACCUGGACAUCGCUCUGAUCUUGCCGGGCGUGGUGGGUGCGAUCACGGGGGCGGUGUUGGGGUCCGACGCGUCCAAGCUGGCGCCUUUGGCGAACGUGGGUUCGGACGUGGUGUUCGUGGCUUUGUUGGCGGCUGUGGCGUACUCCGUUGGCACUUCGGCGACGGGAUCGUUCCCGAACAAGCUCCCGUUGUUGGGGCGGUUGAACCGCGAGAACCCCGACAACCAGGAGGGGGGCGAGGAGUAGAGGAAAUGAAGUAAUGAUUUGGUGGAAUUUGCCGGCAGGGUGCACGUUCUAGCUCCCCUGCUGUUUAUGUACGUUUGUGUGUUGUUGUACAUACAGUUGUGUUUGGUGAGUCUUGAGCAGUGGGACCCGUGGUGUUGGGUACGAUGUUAUGUGUCGUGAUGUGUCUUUUCCAUUUGACGAAGUGCUCGUGGGUGGAGAUACUGUAGCACGCGUGUAUGCGUUGAUUAUUUGUUGUGGGGUGUAACGUUGUACCUCGUACAGGUUCGUGCCUUCACGUGCACCUGCUGUUUGGGAGUGAGAGCGCAUGUAGGUUGUCGCCUCUGGUUGUAGCUGCCCUAAUCCUGUAGCGCGUGGCAUGCACGGCCCAGGGCAUCGCAUAGAUGGAGGAUGGAGAUAGCUGUUGACUAGAUCGUGUCGAGAGUCAGCUGUUGUUCUCUAGGUACACUUGACCGUGUGUGCAAUGUUAGCGACGAUUUUGAACACAGUUUUGCUUUGUUUCCGCUGCUGGCCUAGCAUCGAAGGAGGACAUGUAUUAUAGUGUCGUGUCUCGUAAGCGCGAGGGCUGUCCGUUGUCAAAGACGAUGUUCGAGGUUGCUGGUAUGCCGUGCUGACGUGUAAGGUUAUCGAAGGGAUCGUGUCACUAUUGGUUUUUGAUAGAACGAAGCGAUGAAGAAAUAUUGAAAACGC